AAAAAUUUAAGUGAAAAAAAUUAAAAUUCUUAUCGCUUUCAUAUAUACUCUCCCAGUGACUAUGCCGUUUAAGUUGAUUAACAUAACACGUAGCAUCGUACCGUGUGACAUAUUGAAGAAUUCACAAAAUCUGUGUACUUUACCGCGUAAAAAUCGCCUUUUAAAUCAUACUGCCGGUUGUGCAACAAUUGUCCGAUCAUUUUCAAAUUCCCCAAUUACCAACAACAUGAGAUUCAUCCAGUUCCAACGCAACGAAAACGGCAAGUCCGGUUUGGGUGUACUGUCGGCAGAUGCUUCAAAAUUUGUUGAUCUGUCCGCCGCAUAUGCAACCAAUAUGAUUGAAUUCAUCCGAUCAAAUGUCCCGCUAUCAGACAUCGAGAAACGGGUCGAAUCGUCGAAAUGGGAAGAGAUCGGCGGUGUUAAACUGUUGGCACCGGUUAGUAAUCCGGAAAAGAUUGUGUGCAUCGGGCUCAAUUACUUGGGUCAUUGCUUGGAGCAGAACAAGGAACCGCCAUCGGAACCGAUGUUUUUCAGUAAAUUUGCGAGUACCAUCACCGGACCAACCGGUGAUGUUGUUCAUCAUGACAUAACAACACAACUGGAUUGGGAAGUUGAACUCGCCGUCAUAAUAGGAAAAGAAGCACGCCAUGUCGCCGCGUCUUCUGCACUGGAACACGUUUUCGGCUACUCAGUCGCCCAAGACAUAUCGGCUAGAGACUGGCAGAAGUCGAGGAAUGGCGGUCAGUUCUUAAUCGGAAAGUCGAUGGAUACAUUCUGUCCGCUGGGACCGUCAAUUGUACAUAAAAGUCUGGUGCCAGAUCCACAUAAUUUACGUCUUACAUGCAACAUAAACGGCGUCUCGAAACAAUUGGGCAACACGAGCGAGUUAAUCUUUCGCAUCGACGAGAUCAUUCAUCGGUUGUCGCAAUCAAUCACAUUGAAACCGGGCGAUGUUAUUCUGACUGGAACUCCAUCAGGCGUCGGAAUGCAUCGUUCCCCGCCAGAAUACUUGAAGCCGGGGGAUGUUAUUGAAAGUGAAAUCCAAAGUAUUGGAAAAAUUGUUAAUAAAGUCGUUAAAGACACUCCGUAGAUUUCAUGUUUGUAG